GUGUGCGGGAGGGAAGCAGGAAGUGACUGCGGGAGUGGAGGCGGCGAGCGAGUGGCAGCAGGGGCUGAUGGAAGUGCAGUGGGGGCUGGAGAGGGCACCCUAGUUGGGUGGUCCGCGGACCACGCUUUGAGUAGCGAGGCAUUAGAGAACUUUCCCACAGUCCUCUCUGCCCAGACCUGAAUCCUUCUGCUGGAUUCCCGCUCGUGGAGUUAGGGCAUGUGUGUGCAGCUCCACUAAGGCCCAGCAGCCCUAGUGCUGUUUCCACUUCUGCAACUUCACCAGCCUCUUGAACUGAUUCUUGGAAGCGGAACAACAGGUUUAAAAGGAGGAGAAAGGAAAUAAAGAAAACAAACCUGUAUCAAUCAGCUGGGAAUGCCCAUGUGCUGCUGUGGCAGCUGUAUCCAGCAUGCUCCAAGGCCACAGCUCUGUGUUCCAGGCCUUGCUGGGGACCUUCUUCGCCUGGGGGAUGACAGCAGCUGGGGCAGCUCUCGUGUUCGUAUUCUCUAGUGGACAGAGGCGGAUCUUAGAUGGAAGUCUUGGCUUUGCUGCAGGGGUCAUGUUGGCAGCUUCCUAUUGGUCUCUCCUGGCUCCAGCAGUUGAGAUGGCCACGUCCUCUGGGGGUUUCGGUGCCUUUGCCUUCUUCCCCGUGGCUGUUGGCUUCACCCUUGGAGCGGCUUUUGUCUACUUGGCUGACCUCCUGAUGCCUCACUUGGGUGCAGCAGAAGACCCCCAGACGGCUCUGGCACUGAACUUCGGCUCUACGUUGAUGAAUAAGAAGUCUGAUCCUGAGGGUCCCGCGCUGCUCUUCCCUGAGAGUGAACUUUCCAUCCGGAUAGGUAGAGCUGGGCUUCUUUCAGACAAGAGUGAGAAUGGUGAGGCAUAUCAGAGAAAGAAGGCGGCAGCCACUGGCCUUCCAGAGGGUCCUGCUGUCCCUGUGCCUUCUCGAGGGAAUCUGGCACAGCCCGGCGGCAGCAGCUGGAGGAGGAUCGCACUGCUCAUCUUGGCCAUCACUAUACACAACGUUCCAGAGGGUCUUGCUGUUGGAGUUGGAUUUGGGGCUAUAGAAAAGACGGCAUCUGCUACCUUUGAGAGUGCCAGGAAUUUGGCCAUUGGAAUCGGGAUCCAGAAUUUCCCCGAGGGCCUGGCUGUCAGCCUUCCCUUGCGAGGGGCAGGCUUCUCCACCUGGAGAGCUUUCUGGUAUGGGCAGCUGAGCGGCAUGGUGGAGCCCCUGGCUGGGGUCUUUGGUGCCUUUGCCGUGGUGCUGGCUGAGCCCAUCCUGCCCUACGCUCUGGCCUUUGCUGCUGGUGCCAUGGUCUACGUGGUCAUGGACGACAUCAUCCCCGAAGCCCAGAUCAGGUUGGAGAACCUUCCCUCCCUGUCUGUCCCUGUCCCACUCCCAGCUGGGACCCCAGCCUUGGGAUAUGCUCUUUCUUCAUUUGCCUUUCCUUUCCUUAUUCCCUCCCCUUUCUGCCCCUUCCCAAGAUCAUCCUCACUCCCUCCUCAACUGUGCUCUCUGAAACUAAAAGAAAAGAAGCAAAGGGCAUGUGGGUCAAGAAAUGAGGUGACACCAGGCAGUGGCAUACACACCUGCCCCGUCCCUUGAUGCAGUGGACUAUCAUUUUUGUAUAUUCUCUCUCAUCCUGUCUCUCGAUUCUCUGGGGCUGGAAUGAGGGGAGAGGUGAGCUCUAAAAUGUCAUUCAAGAUGAUACAUACAUGUCUUCAUUGGCUAGCUAUAGGCCAGGUGUCAGAAGGUAGGAGUAAGGGUUUGCUUUGUUCCAUUUUGUUGUUGUUUUGUUUUGUUUUUCUUUGUUUUUCUUUCUUUCUUUUUUUUUUUUAUGGCAGAGUCUUGCUCUGUCACACAGGCUGGAGUGCAGUGGUGUGAUCUCGGCUCACUGCAACCUCCGCCUUCCAGGUUCAAGUGAUUCUCGUGUCUCAGCCUCCCAAGUAGCUGGGACUACAGGCAACCACCACCACGCCCAGCUAAUUUUUGUAUUUUUAGUAGAGACAGGGUUUCGCCAUGUUAGCCAGGCUGGUCUCAAACUCCUGACCUCAGGUGAUCUGUCUGCCUCGGCCUCUCAAAGUGCUGGGAUUACAGGCUUGAGCUACCACUCCCAGCCUAUUUUGGUUUUUAUAGAAGAAUAAUUUUGAGGCUAGUUUACAAGGCCAGAUUAAAUAAUAUCUUUAAGAAAUAAUCACUCCUCUUUAUUACUCACAUGUGGACCACAGAACCAUCACUUGGGCAAGUGACUUCUCUUUGCCUCAGUUUCCCCACCAGUAAAAUAAGGAUAAUUAUGAUACUGACCUUGUGGGGUUCCAUGAGUUCAUUAGUUUGCCUGGCACAUAGUAAGCCCCAGUAAAUAUUACCAUUAUUAAUGGUAGUGUGCUUUCUCUUGGAAUUGGACAUUGCAGAGGAUGCCUUCACCCUAGCCGUGGCCUCAGGGAGCAUUAAGUGCUUACUUUUCUCCCUGUCCUUCUCUUCCAGUGGUAAUGGGAAACUGGCAUCCUGGGCCUCCAUCCUGGGAUUUGUAGUGAUGAUGUCACUGGACGUCGGCCUGGGCUAGGGCUGAGAUGCUUCGGACCCCAGGAAAGGCCAUACGAGGAAACAGCAGUGGUUGGCUUCUAUGGGACAACAAGCUUCUUUCUUCACAUUAAAACUUUUUUCCUUCCUCUCUUCUUCAUCUCAUUAUCCUGAUUGACUCUGAUUAUAAUAGAACCAUUUUUACUUUGCUUUGAGGGAGAUUUUUGAUUUAAUGGGGAAUUUUAAGGUGUCAUGGAAAUACAGAUUCUUUGUUUUGGCCACUGAAUGGACUCCCUCUUCAGUGGGAUUAUCAAGGAACUUCAGAUCAGGGAAAUCUCCACUUUGGGACCUUCUAUCUUCCGCCCAACUCCUCAAGGUCACCUAUAGAAGCGAGCUACCAAGAGACGUCUCCUAAGCAUUUUGGUGGCCUAGUGACUCAGGGCAGAGUGGCCAGCACACCUCUCAUCCGCCCCUCCUGCUCCAUCACUGCUGAGCCUCUCCCCAUCUAGAAUGUUGGAACUGGAGCAUCAUAAAGAUAGCAAGCUACCUUCCAAGGCCGAGCCAGCCCAGAGAGGAGCUUGCCUUCCUUUACCUCCUCCUAAGCUGAUACUACAUGGGAGGGGGACACAGACAAAGGGAAGGAAAUUGGCUAGUCUGGCUUUUUUUUUUUUUUUUUUUUUAAGGCAACGAUUGACAUUAUUGAAGGAAAGGGGAUGAGGACAACUGUGAACUCACAGUGAGCCCUGUGGAAAGAAGAGACAGACAAGAGUGUGGGUUUGAUCGGAGGCCUCUGCUGUCAGUGGAUUCCAGGAGCAAGGCCAUUUGUCAUGCUUUCCAAAUUUCUUAGGCAUUUAUUUUGAUAAGUUUAUAGCCAUCAUGUUUCUAAGAGACUUGGAGACACCAGCAAACUGCUAGAACUCAAACUCUUCCAUUACUCAGAGAAGGAGCCAUUUCAGUUAACUCAAGUGAAUGAAAGACUUUUGGAAUCUGCAGUGGGUCCUUCCCUGUCGACCACUUGAUAACUUGUAAUCUGACCAAAAGCUCUUGAGCUGCAACAGACCUUGCCAGAGGGCUCAGGAUGGGAAAGGAAGAAGGGGAUAGGAAAAGAAGAGGUAAUUUUACAUUUCCCCUUUAAAGUAAAUUUUAGGCAACUCAUCAUUCCGAAAUGUCCCUAUAAAGAAUGAGUCAAACUAGACCAGAAGCCAGCCUACUCCUUCGUACAUAGCUUCUCCAACAGGGGUAGCAAUGACUUGUCCACUUGAAACACAGAUAAGGCCUGCCAUCCUCAUUGGUUAAAGGCACACGUGAGACUUUGAGUGGGCUCUGCUGAGAAGGAAGACAGCCCAGGAGCCAGGUAUGCAGGCAUUGCAUUGUCAGUGUCUGCUGUCAGAGUUUACACAUUCAAUUGCUUCCAAGGGUGAAUCUCCUGCUCUGUGAAUGCUGUCAGACCCCAAAGGCCGACCUUGGGCUGGGUCUGUGUAUGUUCUUCCGAAGCACUGAUGAUCAAAAUUGAAGACACAUUCAGAGGUUUGAUUGGUUGAGAUUAACUGGUGUGGUGGUUGGUGUAUGUAUGUUUUAUUUUUAUGUCUUUGUAUGUAGUUCUACAUAAUGCAAAUUGUGCUUUCUGAUGGACAAGACCUCAUAACUGUGAUUAAUAUCAAUAAAGGGGAUGUUGUGGA